AUGUCUGCCUUCCGAGCUGGUCUCUCCCUCUGCAGCCGCCGCGUCACAGCAUCCUCUGGCAGGACCGUCAGUCGGCAAACAAGCGGCGCUACCUCCGCGAAGAGGUGCUACUCAGACCUGCCAUUUUACGCUUAUACCUCCACAGUUGGCCUCGGCGGAGUUCCACUAGCAUUUGGCGGUGCUGCUAGUGUAAUGGGAGCUGGCUUUUACGCACUUGGCAAGGAUCCUCGCGACAUCAAGCAUAACGAUCAUCAAGCACAACUGGCUCUGAACCCGAAGCGGUCAUUCCGGGACUCAAAGUCUACUCGUUGGACCACCAUAUAG